UGUUUGCGCGGUUGCACGCGGCAAACAUACCGAAGGAUCGUUGACAGAGCAAAGAGGAAACGUUCGAGCCGCUCGAAAAUGACCGUCGCGAUGGAACACAAGCGGAAGAGCUCGUGGGAUUCGAAGAUAUCAGUGAGCACGGUCAGCACGCGAAGAUUCAGCCGUGCCGGGACCCCGAGCUCGAUUCUGUCCUCGGACAGCGACAUUCGGUUCACGAGGAAGCUCGGCGGCCAGUAUCGUUGCGGGUGCUGCGUUUUGGCAGCGUUUUUGCUGUUCCUUCUGUUCUCGGGGAUCUCCAUCUACCUUGGCUAUACGUUCCUAACGUCGGAUCCUCCAGGCGAUCAAAUCUUCUUGGCCACGUUCCGCGUUACCGAGGGAGACUCGUUCACCUCGGAGCUGGCAGAUCCCUCUACCGAAGCUUUCCGGAUACGAUCUCGAGAGUACCGGGAUCGGUUGAAUCUCGUGUUCCGUCGUAGCUGGUUGAAACUCUCGUUCCUCGCCGCGGAGAUAUUAGCGCUUGAUGGAACCGAGGGCGGGGAUCUGGUGGUGCACUUCGACGCGCGAUUCGAUCCGCGGUACCAGACAAUCGCGACCGCCGACAUCGUGGAGAUUCUGUCACGUGAGAUCGACCCGCAGACCGCCAAAUACCUGGCGAACUUGACGAUAGACCCGCAGAGCUUGGAGGUACAGGAGAGCAUAAAAGCGUUGAACGCUCAGGUGAGCUCGCAGGCGACGGUCUCGACGCCGCCGUCGACGACCGCUGCGGCACCCCCGCCGAGAAGAUGCAGCCCGGUCGAUCUGUCCUAUUGCAAGCAUCUGCCGUACAACAUCACCUCUUAUCCGAACGCGUUGGGUCACGGCUCCUUGGCCGACGUGGAAGCGGACGUGAUCGCCUUCAGGGAACUGGUGGACGCCGAGUGCUACCGACUGGCCUACGACUUCGUCUGCCAAGUUCUUCAGCCGGCGUGCGUUUCGAGCCAGCCGGAGGACCUGCUCCAGCUACCCUGCAGAAGCUUCUGCCGGGAAUUCUGGAGCGGCUGCGGCAGCCGACUACCCGACAGAAUCAAACGGCUGCUGGACUGCUCGAAUUUCCCGGAGUACGCGGACCAAGGAGGCUGCAGAGCGAAGCCAGGAUGCGUGCAAGCGCUCCAAGAGAAAGCAUUGUCCCCAAGAAUAUGCGACGGCGUGAUCGACUGCCCUGACCUUUCCGACGAAAAGAACUGCGCUUAUUGUCGCGACGGUUAUAUGCACUGCGGCGUAGGCAGGACGUGCAUUCCGCACAGCAAGAGAUGCGAUGGUAAAGUGGACUGCGCGAACGGCAGCGACGAGAAGGACUGCCUGUCUCUGGCGCCGAGUAUCCGAGCCGUGAAGUCUCAGCCCAUGGACACGCCGUACGCCGCCAAGUACAACAGCGAGGGUUUCGUGGUGUUCAACGAGAAGGGCACCAUCGGCAAGCUGUGCACCGCGAAUCUGAACGCGACCCUGCCCGGAACGGAAAUGGAAACCGUUCUUCAGACGGCGGCCAGCUCCCUCUGCACCUUGCUGACGUACACGGGUGUGAAAUCCGUGGAGAUCAGAAUCGACGACGAGGAGGACGUCCAAUACGUGCACAUGGAGGACCCGUCUGCCACGGAGAUCACGUUCGUGAGGGCACCCUGUCCGAGCAGGGAGGCGAUGUACGUCCGGUGCACCGAAUUAGAGUGCGGCGUGCAAUCGUUGCGCGCGAAGAGCGGCACGCGCGGCUUGAAUAAAAUGGCGGAUCCGGGCGACUGGCCUUGGCACGUGGCCCUGUUCAAGGAAGAAGUGCACGUGUGCGACGCCACCCUUGUCGCGGAGAAUUGGUUGAUCACCACGGCGUCUUGUUUCCAAGGUCAAUCGAAAGCGGAAUGGUCCGCCAGAAUGGGCACCGUUCGUCUCUCGAGCACGUCCCCGUGGCAACAGGAGCGCAGAAUCGUGGGGAUGAUCAAGUCCCCGGUAGAAGGAAGCACCACGGUUCUCCUGAAACUGGACAGGCCCCUGACGACGUUCUCGGAUUUCGUGAGACCCGUUUGCUUGCCGUCGAAUCAAGAUCCGCCGGCGAACGCGACCCUCUGCAACACUCUCGGCUGGGCCAGAAAUCGCGAUCUGCUGCAGAGGGUGCAGCUUAGGCACAGCGCGAUGGAAAGAUGCGAGAACAUCAGCAUCGCGUCGGUGAACAGCGUCUGCACCGAGCCCGCCUAUUCCACUGACGAUUGCAACGAGGAAGAGGUUGCCGGCAGUCCUAUGCUGUGCCUUCGCUCGGACGACCGGAGAUGGGCGUUGACCGGGGUCGGCAGUUGGCGCAUCGCCUGCUCGAAAGCCGGCGUCGAAAGGCCGCGGCUCUACGACAAAGUUUCGUCGAAUAUCGCUUGGAUAAGAUCCACGAUCGAGUGAUUCCGCGGUCGAAAGUUCGACGAAUCGGAGAUCGAGCACGAAAUCGAGAACCGCGGGCGGGUGCGUCUUUUGGAACGGUCGGUGUCGCGGAACGGAGAAUCCGGCCGAUCCGUUAGAAAUGAUCGGUCGGAUUAUGAAAUGAUCGGUCAGACGUGAUCGUCGGUUCGAUCCUGACGCGCCCGCACGCGGCUGUGAACUGUGAAACACGCGAGGAACGUUGUACAUUGAACAUUGAACAUUGACGAGAUCCUAUAUGAACUUCGACGCGCGCGAAUCGUACCGUGUACGUACUGUGUAUAAUACAUAGAAUAAUAGGAACAAGACGAUACUCUGCCGGACUUACUUUCGUUUUACGAGAGCAUAGCGUGUAUAUUUAUAUUUAUAUCGGAUCGCGCCCUCGGCCGCACGUUCGCCGGCGUCCGCGACGAAAUUAGCGACGUCGAAUCAAUCGACGCUCUAUCCCGCUAUCGAACAUCCCGCCAAGCUUUGCAAGCUGGGGCCUUCUAGGAAGGUACACCGAAUGCCGGCCCUGAGCUCGUGCUUCGAUAGCCAAUAGCACUGCUAUUCAGCCGUUCGCACAGAUCACGUGAACAUCGCGCAAGCGUUCUCUUUGUAGUCACGGACUCGGCUCGCAUUCGACGGAAUAUGUACAGCACUGCGCAGUGUCCGAUAGGGACGACGGUGGGUGGGAGACCUCGGUAGAGACGCUAAAUAAAAGCGCCGUAGUUUGCGUGCGAGCUGCGUUGUUUCAGCAGAAUCGUUGGAGCGACUGGCACGGCGGAAAAACGGGACAGCGGAUUCGGUCGAUUCGGUGAAACCAAGAGAAUGGUAAGAAUAUCGUUUAGAUCCAGAGUUUUCCAAUAUUUUCCGGCUCGCGCAGCCACCUAUUCCGAGACCGUGGCCGGCCGGUCAUUGGUCGGGGCAGUUUCCAUAAGGGGAAAGUCAAAUUUUCGGCGCUCCCCGAUUCCUUCCCGACUCUUCGGGAAGGGUGACUGCGUUCGCGUUGGGAAGCUGCGGCUAUUGUGUUAGGCUGUUGCCACCGUGUCGCGAUAAAAAAGAUCUUGGCUGCAAACACGGUUACACAAUCGGCAAACAACAUUCCUUUCCCAAAAUUGUCGAAAUCCUCGCCGCGCCGAUUAAACAUUGUAGCUCAUUUUUUCGAUAGAUAACGCUGGAACGUCGUUGUACAGCUUCACGAAUAAAGUGGCACCAGGUGUUUUGUUUUCACAUAA